AUGUCGCUUCUCCCGAACCUCGCCCUCCCGGGCCAACCGCUCGGCCCCGCGAGCAAGUACGCGCCGGGCCCGGGCAUCCACCUCCAAGACGCGCAGCUCUGCGCAUCGCUGCUCGGCCCCGUCAACGAAGCCAAGCCGCUCAAACGCGCCGCCGCAGGCGCCUCCACGACGACCUCGUCCAUGCCCGCGCUGUCGAUCGCGCGCCCGCAGACCAACGGCUCGACCGCCCCUGCCGCGGUGUACGCCAGCGUCGGCGCCUCCAACGUCCUGCCCGAGGUCGACUCGGUCGUGCUGGCGCGUGUGACGCGCUUGACGCCGCGCCAGGCCACGGUCGAGAUACUGGUUGUCGGCGAGACUGUGUGCAGGGAGGGCUUCCAGGGCAUCAUCAGGAGAGAGGAUGUGCGGGCAACGGAGAAGGAUCGUGUCAAGAUUGGGGAUAUGUUUCGGGUGGGGGAUAUCGUGAGGGGUGUUGUUAUUUCCCUGGGAGAUCAACAGAAUUACUACCUUUCCACGGCGACGAAUGAGCUCGGUGUCGUCAUGGCGAGGAGCGAGGCUGAGAACCAGAUGUACCCGAUCAGUUGGAAGGAGUUUAGGGAUCCGAAGACGGGGAUGACGGAGAGUAGGAAAGUUGCGAAGCCUUUCUGA